CGCUCCUAUGCUAAUCAUCCCUGACAGCAAAGAUGGCGGCUGAAUGGCUUUAAGAAUUCUCCGUAAUGAGUUACAGAAUUUUACUCAAUUGCCGAGUUCCUUCACUCUACCAAAGUAACGAACUAUACGGUGAAAAACCCUUCUCGUGAGAGAAAUGGUGUGAGGCUACAAGGGAAGUGUUUUCGUAAAGAGAUAUCCACUACAACCGUACGGUUUUCAGUUGUAGCACUAGGUGUGCUGCAGCGCAGCUAACUAGCUUGUAUCGUCAUUUUAAAAUGGCUCCGGUGCAGAUUGGGUCAGAUGGACAGCUUGUCCCGCUCGGGGGUCCGGUUGUUUCGGCCCCACAGCCACCACCUCCCGGGACUCCAGUCACACAGGGGGUCCGGUUAAGCGUGCUUAUUGACUUUCUUCUCCAGAGGACUUACCAUGAAAUUACCCUGCUGGCAGAACUGCUCCCUAGAAAAACUGACAUGGAAAGGAAAAUUGAGAUUGUCCAGUUCGCAAGUCGCACCAGGCAGCUUUUUGUACGUCUUCUGGCUCUAGUAAAAUGGGCAAGCAAUGCAGGCAAAGUCGAGAAGUGUGCGAUGAUCUCCAGCUUCCUGGACCAACAGACUAUCUUGUUUGUGGAUACAGCUGACAGACUGGCAUCACUAGCCAGGGAUGCCCUGGUACAUGCUCGGUUGCCUAGCUUUGCCAUUCCAUUUGCCAUUGACGUGCUGACCACAGGGUCAUACCCACGUUUGCCCACAUGCAUACGAGAUAAGAUCAUUCCUCCUGACCCCAUUACUAAAGUUGAGAAGCAGACCACACUGAGCCAGCUUAAUCAGAUACUUCGACACCGCCUUGUCACGACAGACUUACCACCUCAGCUAGCAAAUCUGACAGUUGCCAACGGGCGUGUCAAGUUUCGUGUGGAGGGAGAGUUUGAGGCCACCUUAACUGUAAUGGGAGAUGACCCUGAUAUUCCCUGGAGGUUGCUAAAGCUGGAGAUUUUGGUGGAGGACAAAGAAACUGGUGAUGGCAGAGCCUUGGUCCACAGUUUGCAGGUGAACUUCAUCCACGAGCUGGUUCAGGCACGUCUUUGUGCAGAUGAAAAACCCCUGCAGGACAUGUACAACUGCUUGCGUAUCCUUUACUCCUUCUGCCUGUCACUGCAGCUAGAGGUGCUCCACUCCCAGACACUGAUGCUGAUCAGAGAGCGCUGGGGAGACCUGGUGCAGGAGGAGAGAUAUGUACCCGCCAAAUACCUCACGCUCUCCGUCUGGAACCAACAGGUUUUGGGUAGAAAAACAGGCACGGCAUCAGUGCAUAAAGUCACCAUUAAGAUCGAUGAAUCAGAUGUAUCUAAACCAUUACAAAUAUCCCACGAACCUCCUCUGCCUGUGUGUGACUCAAAAUUAAUGGAACGAGCUAUGAAGAUCGACCACCUGUCUGUGGAAAAACUUUUGAUUGAUAGUGUGCAUGCCAGGUCUCAUCAGAAACUCCAGGAACUCAAGGCCAUUUUGAAGACCAACAAUCCCAGUGACAACUCGUUCAUUGAGACUGCUUUACCCACGCUGGUCAUUCCAAUACUUGAACCUUGCGGUCGAUCAGAGUGCCUGCACAUUUUUGUAGACUUGCACUCUGGUAUGUUUCAACCUAUGCUGUAUGGAUUAGAUCAGUCAAUGCUGGAUGACAUUGAAAAAACAAUCAACGAUGAUAUGAAACGCAUCAUAUCUUGGCUCCAACAGUUGAAGUUCUGGUUGGGGGAGCAGCGCUGCAGACAGUCUGUGAAACACCUUCCCACUGUUUCCACUGAUAUCCUCCACCUCACCAACUCAACCACUCAUCCCGUCGGAAACUUGUCUAAGCACAAACUCUUCAUCAAACUCACCCGUCUUCCACAGUACUACAUUGUGGUGGAAAUGCUUGAGGUACCUAGCAGUCCCACAACAUUGCAGUAUAAGUAUUCUUUCCUGUCAGUGUCCCAGUUGGAAGGAGAUGAUGGGCCGACGUGCGCACAGCUUUUGCAGCAUUUCAAGGCCAACUUGGAGCACUUUGUUCAGGACUCGACAGCAAACAAAGAUGUCCGCCCCGGGACUAAGAGAAAAGUAGUUAUUGCUGUUGGGGACCAAGGAGAUACAGAGCCAAAGAAACCUAAGAGGUCAGGGGAAAUGUGUGCCUUCAACAAAGAGUUGGCUCACCUUGUGGCGAUGUGCGACACCAACAUGCCUUUUAUCGGCCUCAGAGCAGAACUGUCCAACAUGGAGAUUCCAAAUCAGGGAGUCCAAGUGGAGGGAGAUGGUAGCAGUCAUGCAAUAAGACUACUGAGAAUUCCUGCCUGUAAAGGUGUGGGGGAAGAGACCAGGAGGGCAUUAGAGCGUUCCCUGCUGGACUGCACUCUUCGCCUGCAGGGCAGGAAUAACCGAACCUGGGUGGCUGAACUGGUGUUGGCAAACUGUCCUUUGAACAGCACGCACAGCAAGGAGCAAGCCUCCACGCGGCAUGUGUAUCUGACGUAUGAGAACCCGCUGUCGGAGCCUGUUGGUGGGCGGAAAGUUGUGGAGAUGUUUCUAAAUGACUGGAAUGCCAUUAGUCAGCUUUACCAGUGUGUUCUCAACUUUUCACGUGCACUGCCAGAAAUGCCGUCAUAUCUGAGCCUGUUCUCGGAGGUGCGGCUGUAUAACUACCGUAAACUGGUGCUGUGUUACGGCACUACCAAAGGCAGCUCUGUCACCAUCCAGUGGAACUCCAGCAGCCAGAGGUUCCACCUCGCCCUGGGCACAGUGGGGCCCAACUCGGGCUGCUCUAACUGCCAUAACAUCAUCCUGCACCAGCUACAGGAGAUGUUCAACAAGAGCCCAAAUGUGAUGCAGCUGCUUCAGGUGCUCUCUGACACACAGGCUCCUCUGAAUUCAAUCAACAAGCUUCCAACAGUGCCCAUGCUGGGCCUCACCCAGCGCACCAACACAGCCUACCAGUGUUUUUCCAUCCUGCCCCAGUCGCCCACACACAUCCGACUGGCGUUCCGAAACAUGUACUGCAUCGAUAUUUACUGCCGCAGCCGAGGAGUCGUAGCCAUUAGAGAUGGAGCCUACAGUCUCUUUGACAACACGAAGAUUGUCGAAGGCUUCUACCCCGCUCCAGGACUCAAGACAUUCCUGAACAUGUUUGUGGACAGCAAUCAAGACGCUCGCAGGCGUUCGGUCAACGAAGAUGACAACCCCCCCUCGCCGGUGGGGGUGGAUGUGAUGGACAGUCUGAUGAACCAGCUGCAAGCCCCACAGCAGCCGCAGACCAUGAGAGGGGCUGCUGGAGGCGUGUAUCCAUCCCUCACCUCCCCACCACCGAAUUAUCUCGCCAACGUGACGCCCUCGCCGUCCAUGAUGCCCACCCAGUCACCAGGGAACAUCCAUGCCUCUGGCUCCCCUAGUGGAGCUUUGAGGGCACCCUCUCCUUUCGGGCCCACCCCGUCUCCAUCUUCUCUGGGCAUAGCCAUGGGCCAGACCAGUUUUGCCAGUCCCCACGGUCCCAUGGACCCCAGCUCUCCCUACACCAUGGUGUCCCCAAGCCAUAGGGGCCAGUGGCCUGGCUCACCUCAAGUCUCAGGUCCCUCUCCUGGUGCCAGAAUCCCUGGCAUGUCCCCUGGGAAUCCUUCGCUGCCCUCACCUAUUCCUGACCCUCAUUCGCCACGUGCCAUGACGAGUUCCCAAGUCAUGCCUACCAGUAUGCCUCCACCUCGAAAGCUACCUCAGCGCCCCUGGGCUGCUUCCAUUCCUACCAUUCUCACCCACAAUGCCUUGCAUAGGCUCCUGCUCCCCUCGCCAACUCCUAGCCUGUUGCCAGGCUUGGCAGGAAGCUACCUCUGCUCACCACUGGAGCGCUUUCUCGGUUCAGUUAUCAUGAGACGUCACCUGCAGAGGAUCAUCCAGCAGGAGGCGAAUCUGUCCAUCGUGAACUCGAAUGAGCCAGGGGUCAUCAUGUUCAAGACGGAUGUGCUCAAGUGCCGGGUGGCUCUCAAUCCAAAGAAUUACCAGACGCUGCAGCUCAAAGUCACUCCAGAAAACACUGGUCCCUGGUCCCAGGAGGAACUUCAAGUUCUUGAGAGGUUCUUUGAGACCAGAGUUGCCGGUCCUCCAUUCAAAUUCAACACUCUGAGUGCCUUCACAAAGUUGCUGGGGGCACCAACUAACAUCCUGAGGGACUGUGUACGCAUCAUGAAGCUUGAACUGUAUCCAGACCAGGCAGGACAGCUCAAGUGGAAUGUCCAGUUUUGUCUCACCAUCCCUCCCAGUGCUCCUCCCAUUGCACCCCCUGGGACCAUUGCUGUGGUACUCAAGUCAAAGAUGCUCUUCUUUUUGCAGCUGACCCAACGUAUCCCAGUGCCCCAGGAGCCAGUGAGCAUCAUCGUGCCCAUCGUGUACGACAUGGCCACAGGCCUAACCCAGCAGGCCGACAUCCCCCGGCAACACAGCUCCUCUGGGGCGGCGGCGCUCAUAGUUUCCAACAUCCUCAAGAGGUUCAACGAGCUCCACCCAGCCAGGCCUGGCGAGUGUACCAUAUUCGCAUCGGUUCAUGAGCUGAUGGCCAACCUCACCCUACCUCCCGGCACUCGACAGUAGAAACUCUUUCCACGGUGGAGGAAGCAUGCCCGAGCUAUCAGAACACGAGAGCAGCAGCUGUUGAUGUCUCUCCUCCACGGCUGUAACCUUUUUGACCCGACGCUUAACUGCUUUUAAGAAAGGAAGAAAACUUUGUACAGUUGUCAGCCACAGGGUCUUUAUUUGAUUUGCAGUCAAGGCAGAUCUUUGAAAGAUGUCAGCAUUGAAUGCAAAAGGAUAUAAAUGUUUUAUUUUUUUUCUUCCUCCAGGUGCACUUGUAAACAAGAUAAUCUAUUGAAACUUAAGGUUGUUUACAAAAAUAUGUACAUUGUUGUAUAUUUGCUUGUGGAAAAGAAUGAGGUUUGUUAGAUUUUGCGAGAGCGCUGUCUUUUCUUUGUUUUCUUCUCCCUUUUUCUCUGACUGAUAGUAUUGUAGUAUCAGGAGAUAGAUCCUUAGCACAGUAUUUAAUUGUCUCCUUGCCUUGACUUUGUCCAUAUUUCUGCUUUUUUUAUUUCAAAGUUUAUCUUUCAAUACUGUAAAACUGUGACAAACUUUAUAAGCCAGUUGUAUUUUUAUUAAGGUACAUUUUGAAUCCUGAUGGAGAAAUGAAGACAUCUGGUCUGACUUUGCUAUUUAAUAAACCAAGCCCAGAGUUGGUUUGUGCUUUGAGAAUCUUCCACUGACAGAAAAAAUAGUACUUUUUUAUGUAGACACUCUAAACCUAUUUUGAAGCUGCAAACUCAACACAGUUGUUACUACAUGAGAACUUUGAAGUCAAACCUCCAUCAAGUGUAACUUUGAUUUGAUAUCGAUGAACACAAACAUCAGGACUUUUAAAUUCCAGCAGGUUUAAUGCACUGUUUUGUUGCAAAAACUAAUCUGAAAUAAAGAGCAAACAGUGGCAUGCACAAUUUUGGGU